AGCCCACCAGGUCCAGGGUCAGUUUAUUCCCAUCCAUCAUCAUGCCACACGGAGUGGUCGUGAUUCUGACGGUUGUGUUUGUGGUUGCAGCAGCCGAGAAUGUCCCAAGGGUCUGCAUCCAGGACGGGUGUAUGCGGGGAUCGUGGAUGCGAAGUCUGCACGGCGAGCGGUACGAAGCGUUCAUCGGUAUCCCGUUUGCCAAGCCACCGGUUGGACCACUUCGUUUCGCCAACCCGGUCCCAAACGAGCCUUGGGCGGACCGGCAGGAGCUGGAUGCAUCGGGCAGAAUUCCACGAGCGCCCUGUCUGCAGAAGAAUCUCUUCCUGCCCGAGCGUGGAGUCGAGGGUAAGGAGGAUUGUCUGUAUCUGAACGUUUACCGACCGUUUAAGGUGAGCAAAGAGGGGGCCGAGAAUGGAACGACUCCGCUAGCUACCUUGGUGUACAUCCACGGUGGUGGGUUUCUGGCCGGAUAUAACUCUCCCUUGGUUGCGGGAGCGGAAAAGCUGAUGGACAAUGCGGUAAUACUGGUGACGAUCGCUUACCGGUUGGGUGCGUUCGGGUUCCUUUCGACUGGUGACGAUGCGGCGAGUGGAAACUUUGGCCUGAAGGACCAGCGGGAAGCAUUGCGGUGGGUUCGUCGAAACAUCGAAGCGUUUGGAGGCGAUCCGGAGCUGGUGACGGUCAUGGGACAUAGUGCCGGUGGUGCUUCCGUGCAUCUGCAGCUGAUGCAUCUUGGCAACGAGGGGUUAUUCCAGCGUGCCAUAAGUCUCAGUGGCAAUGCCCUAACUCCUUGGAGUGCUCCAAGAGCUAACCCGCUACAGCUUGCCCACCAACAGGCUCGUCUGUUGGGCAUUAAAAAGCCCCACAAGAUGACUACGGAUGCACUGGUGGAAGCACUUCGUGCCAUCGAUGCUGAUCUUUUCGUGAGCAGUUACAAAGGAUUUACGAACGGCUCUCGCUAUCCUGUGAUCGUAUACGGACCGGUGGUGGAGGCUGCUACCGUUUCGGACGCGUUCCUGACGGAACCUCCGCGGGAGCUGUGGGCCCGUGGGGCACACCUGUCCGUACCCUGGCUGACGGGGAUCGUGCCAAACGAUGGGUUCGUGUUCAGUGCUCCCAUCCUGAAGGACACCGACUGUUCGAAGGAAACGUUUGCCCAGCAGAAGACGCUGCUGCUGAACGUGCUGGGCGGCGCGAAGGAGACGGACGCACUGCCGAUCCUGAUGGAGCGCUUCUUCGGCAAUCAGUCGUCGAUCGGCGAAUGUUUUACGCACGAAAAUGUGGACAAGCUGACGAUGUUGUUUAAUGAAGGUCUGUUCGUCUAUCCGCUCACUCUCAGCGUACGCCAGCACGCCAAUCACACGGGCACGAAAGCUCCCAUAUAUCUGUACCGGUUCAACUACAAGGGUCCACACUCGUACUCCUCCAUCUUUGUGCCGGAUCGGGAUGAGUCGAAAAACUUUGGCAUCGUACAUUGCGAUGAGUUGAUCUACAUCCUGCGCGCUCCGAUACUGUUUCCCGACUUUCGGCGCAACUCGCCAGACGCAAAAGUCACGCAAGUGAUGACAAAGUUGAUCGUAGACUUUGCACGCACAGGAACUGCACCAACGGGUGAUGGGGUUGGUGAUCGGGCGAGCGACAGCGAAUUCCCCCAAGCCCUGGAACUGACCAACUCUAACAGUACGGAGGAGCCCGUUCUGAAAAAGUACAUUAACUUUUAUGAUGCCGACAUGUUCGACUUCUGGACACGGUUUUACAGCUACUAG